UUUAUUUCAUCAAGCAUUAAAAGCUUUCUGUCAUCUUAAAGAAAUCUUCAAACUAUCAUCAAAGUUACCUCACAUAUAUCUUUGAUACCAAACUGCCAGCUCUCAAACCAUCUUAUAACCACAUUUACUAUCCCUGCGCAACAAACAAGCAAUAUAAUAGCAAUCAUGGUUGCCGACGAGAAGCCCGCGUCUACCUUCAGAUACGAUGAAGCACCAGUCUACACAACCUCUAAUGGAUGUCCCGUAAGACACCCGGAGGAAUUUCAGAGAAUUGGUAACAAUGGGCCACUUCUCCUUCAAGAUUUCCAUUUGAUCGAUUUGUUGGCUCAUUUCGAUCGUGAACGUAUUCCGGAGCGUGUUGUACAUGCUAAGGGUGCCGGAGCUUAUGGAGGUAAGUUCUUGUGUUGCGUCUUUUCCUCACUCGCCACCAUACUAAUAUAUCACCCGUAGAAUUCGAAGUUACACACGAUAUCAGUGAUAUCACCACCAUCGACAUGCUAAGCAAAGUCGGCAAGAAGACUCCUCUUGUCACACGUUUCUCAACUGUUGGUGGUGAAAAGGGAUCUCCGGAUUCUGCUCGUGACCCAAGAGGUUUUUCCGUCAAAUUCUACACUGAAGAGGGUAACUGGGACUGGGUUUACAACAAUACACCUGUCUUCUUCCUCAGAGAUCCAACCAAAUUCCCUCUUUUCAUUCACACACAAAAGCGAAACCCACAAACAAACUUGAAGGAUGCUACCAUGUUUUGGGAUUAUCUCUCCACUCAUCAAGAAGCUGUCCACCAAGUUAUGCACCUCUUCAGUGACCGUGGUACUCCAUAUUCGUACAGACACAUGAAUGGAUAUUCUGGUCACACUCACAAGUGGUUCAAGCCAGAUGGUACCUUCAACUAUGUUCAAGUCCACUUGAAGACAGAUCAAGGAAGCAAGACAUUUACCAAUGAAGAGGCUGGCAAGAUGGCUUCAGAGAACCCAGAUUGGCACACCCAAGACCUAUUCGACGCAAUUGAGAAGGGAGACUAUCCAUCCUGGAGCGUCUAUGUUCAAGUCCUUUCCCCAGAACAAGCUGAGAAGUUCCGCUGGAACAUUUUCGACUUGACUAAGAUCUGGCCACAGGGUGAGGUUCCAUUGAGACCAUUCGGCAAGAUGACUCUCAACAAGAACGUCGAGAACUAUUUCGCCGAGAUUGAGCAGGUUGCCUUCUCGCCAUCUCACUUGGUUCCGGGAGUUGAGCCAUCUGCCGACCCUGUCCUUCAAUCUCGUCUCUUCUCGUACCCAGAUACUCACCGUCAUCGUCUUGGUGUUAACUAUCAACAAAUUCCAGUCAAUGCUCCUCUCCGAGCUUUCAACCCAUUCCAACGUGAUGGUGCUAUGGCUGUCAACGGAAACUACGGUGCUAACCCUAACUAUCCAUCUUCGUACCGAAAGCUCACUCAUAAGCCUGUCAAGGCUACCAAUGACCAUGAGCAGUGGUCUGGUGCCGCAUUGAGCUACUUGGCCGAGGUUGGUCCAGAGGACUACGUCCAAGCCAAGGGUUUAUGGGAUGUCCUUGGCAGACAAGAAGGUCAACAAGACAAUUUCAUCAACAACGUCGCUGGACAUUUGGCAGCUGCCAAGGAGGACACUCGCAAGCGUACAUACCAGAUGUUUAGCAGAGUCGAUUUGAAUCUCGGUUCCAAGAUUGAAGAGGCAACCGAGAAGUUGGCUCCUGCUCCAAAUAGCAAGGCUGCUGGAGCUGCUCAAUCUCGCUUGUAAACUGUAACUGUGUUAUAGGGAGUAGGGAAGACAGAGUUUUUAAAUGACAUUUUGCGAUGAUAUCUAUGAUUAUUUUAUGAAGAAUGAAGGAUUCAGGAAAGGUGAUAGGACGGGAUAUUUGCUGGCUUUACAAAAUUGGUUUAUAAUUUGCAAUGACAUACCCCUUUAAUAUUUCACAAGUC